AUGGAAAGCGCAAAGCGGCGCGAAUGGGAGCGCGUGAUGGUGGAAGAAGGAGCCGCGUUGCAGGACAAUAACGUCUGGCGCGUCACGCGCGUCGGCCAUGAACGCGCUACACACCAAGUGGGUGUACAAGACGAAGAAGGACGCCUAAGAGAUCCUGGAGCGGCACAUGGCUUGGCUAGUUGCUUGCAGCAACGAGCAAAUCUUUGGUAUCGACAACAGCUUGACGUUUGCGGCAGUAAUGGACUUGUUGACUGUCAAGGUCAUCCUCGCGCUCGCGGCCACGUGGGGGUGCCUGUCAAGCACGGCGGCAUCCCUUAA